UCUCUUUUCUCUCGGCUCCCGUUUUGCGUGUUGGGGGGAUGGGGCCGAGCCGAGGAUGAGUGACUUCAAAUAUUUACCACUUGGCUAACUAAAUAUCUUUUUUUUUCAGAACCGAGUUUCCUUUCUUGCGCUUGGACAUAUAAAUACAUUUCGACUACGGAUGAGUUUUGGUGGAAUUUUGCGAAAAACUAAGCGGAGUGUUUGUGCGUUCACGACACACGCUUAAAAAAGUCGACAAAAUGUAUUCCUCUGCUGGAGCUGCUGAGAUGCUUGAGGGACCCCGUUCUUCUGGGUCAGUAAGCUCUGAACCCCCAUCUUCCCCAGUGCCAGAAUAUGUGUUCCAGCCACCAUCAAGGCCAGACUUUGGCACCAUGGGCAGGACAAUCAAGCUCCAGGCCAACUUUUUUGAGAUGGAAAUCCCCAAAUUGGAGGUCUACCAUUAUGACAUUGACAUCAAGCCUGAAAAAUGCCCCCGGAGGGUCAAUCGUGAAAUUGUGGAGCACAUGGUCCAGCACUUUAAAACACAGAUCUUUGGUGAUCGAAAGCCGGUGUAUGAUGGAAGGAAGAACCUCUACACUGCCAUGCCCUUGCCCAUAGGCAGAGACAAAGUGGAGCUUGAGGUGACAAUUCCUGGUGAGGGCAAAGACCGGAGCUUCAAAGUGUCCAUCAAGUGGGUGUCCUGCGUGAGCCUGCAAGCUCUGCAUGAAGCACUGUCAGGACGGCUACCCAGUGUCCCUUUUGAGACUAUUCAAGCCUUGGAUGUAGUUAUGAGACAUUUGCCUUCUAUGAGGUAUACCCCAGUAGGACGCUCUUUCUUCACUCCUUCAGAGGGCUGCUCAAACCCUCUUGGUGGAGGGAGAGAGGUGUGGUUUGGUUUCCACCAGUCUGUUAGGCCAUCCCUGUGGAAAAUGAUGCUCAACAUUGAUGUUUCGGCCACUGCGUUCUACAAAGCCCAACCUGUAAUUGAGUUUAUGUGUGAGGUCUUGGAUUUCAAAAGCAUUGAAGAACAGCAGAAGCCCUUAACAGACUCUCAACGAGUGAAAUUUACAAAAGAAAUCAAAGGCCUGAAGGUUGAGAUCACUCACUGUGGGCAGAUGAAGAGGAAGUACAGAGUGUGCAAUGUGACAAGAAGACCAGCCAGCCACCAAACGUUCCCUCUGCAGCAGGAGAAUGGCCAAACUAUAGAGUGCACAGUAGCUCAGUACUUCAAAGACAAGUACAAGCUCAUCCUGCGAUAUCCCCACCUCCCAUGUUUACAGGUGGGGCAGGAGCAGAAGCACACUUACCUGCCUCUAGAGGUGUGUAACAUAGUGGCAGGACAGCGCUGCAUCAAAAAGCUGACAGACAAUCAGACCUCCACUAUGAUCCGUGCCACAGCCAGAUCAGCACCAGAUCGUCAGGAUGAAAUUAGUAAAUUGAUGAGAAGUGCCAACUUCAACACUGACCCUUACGUUCGUGAGUUUGGAGUGAUGGUUCGUGAUGAGAUGACAGAAGUGAAUGGCCGUGUCCUACAAGCUCCUUCGAUACUGUAUGGAGGCAGGAACAAAGCAAUAGCCACACCAAUCCAGGGAGUAUGGGACAUGAGGAACAAGCAGUUCCACACUGGGAUUGAGAUCAAAGUGUGGGCCAUUGCCUGCUUUGCGCCACAGAGACAGUGUACCGAACUCCUGCUUAAAGCUUUCACAGAUCAGCUGAGGAAGAUCUCUCGAGAUGCUGGAAUGCCCAUCCAAGGUCAACCAUGCUUUUGUAAAUACGCCCAGGGAGCUGACAGCGUCGAGCCCAUGUUCAGGCACCUCAAGUACACCUACCAGGGCCUCCAGCUGGUGGUGGUCAUCCUACCAGGCAAGACGCCUGUUUAUGCUGAGGUGAAACGUGUUGGGGACACGGUACUUGGCAUGGCCACACAGUGCGUGCAGGUGAAGAAUGUUCAAAAGACGACACCUCAGACGCUUUCCAACCUGUGUCUGAAGAUCAAUGUCAAGCUGGGUGGUGUCAACAACAUUCUCCUCCCACAGGGCAGGCCGGUGGUGUUUCAGCAGCCAGUGAUCUUCCUUGGUGCAGAUGUGACUCAUCCACCUGCAGGAGAUGGGAAAAAGCCCUCCAUUGCUGCUGUGGUUGGUAGCAUGGAUGCCCAUCCCAGCCGAUACUGUGCCACAGUACGGGUGCAGCAGCACCGUCAGGAAAUCAUCCAGGACUUGGCAACCAUGGUGAGGGAGCUGCUGAUCCAAUUCUACAAGUCCACUCGCUUCAAGCCCACCAGAAUCAUCUACUAUCGAGAUGGUAUCUCUGAGGGCCAAUUCAACCAGGUUCUUCAGCAUGAGCUGCUGGCGAUCCGGGAGGCCUGCAUCAAACUAGAGAAAGACUACCAGCCUGGUAUUACCUUUGUGGUCGUUCAGAAGAGACACCACACGAGGCUGUUCUGUAUGGACAGAAAUGAGAGAGUUGGGAAGAGUGGCAACAUUCCUGCAGGCACCACAGUGGACACCAAAAUAACUCACCCAUCAGAGUUUGACUUCUACCUUUGCAGUCAUGCUGGCAUUCAGGGAACUAGCAGGCCGUCUCACUAUCAUGUGCUUUGGGACGACAACCACUUCUCAUCAGAUGAACUGCAGGUCCUUACCUACCAGCUUUGUCACACUUAUGUGCGCUGCACCCGGUCAGUAUCCAUCCCAGCACCAGCUUACUAUGCCCAUUUGGUGGCUUUCCGGGCUCGGUAUCACUUGGUGGACAAAGAGCAUGACAGUGCUGAGGGCAGUCACACAUCAGGUCAAAGCAAUGGACGUGACCAACAGGCCUUGGCCAAAGCUGUUCAGGUCCACCAGGACACCCUGCGCACCAUGUACUUUGCAUGAGAGCACACAACUCCAGGUUAACGUGGGUGAGACCUCACUGAUGGAAUGCACUGCCCUCCGCUGUCACUGUCAGCUGUAGAUAGCAUUACAGUGGUUUCACAUUGUGAGCUCCCUACCAGACAAACUUGUCAGUAACCCAAAUGUCUUCAAUUGUACUUAAACCCUUAAACCCACCAAAACCAUUCCAGCAAUUAGACUGUAACAUGCAAAAGAUUCAUUCUUUCUUGAGGAUUGAGCUGGAAGAGGCUUUAUUUACAUGUUGUGCAUUAGUUAGUAUUUGUACUCGUUAUACAUUACAAAGGUGCAAAUUCUGAAAAGAAAAGGCAAAGUUUGUACAUUGAUGUAAGAAUUUUUUUUUUUUUUUUUAUAUAAACUAGCAGGCAGUAACAUACAGUGAGGUGGUUUCAAAUUUAGAAGAAGCCAAUCACCCUUCUCCUUUUUUUGUUAUUAGGGUCUCGGUGCUCGAAGGGAGAAGGUAAAAGUCAAAAGAUGUGGGGGUCCAUUCACUGUUAUAUGCCUAAUGAUUUAGAUCUCCCACAAACAUUAUUUAUCAGCCUAUCAAAGCAAAGUGCACUGACCAGGAUGAGAACUUCAAUCAGGACGAAAGUACUUAAUAUAUUGAGGGUUGUUUGUGUUUGUUUUUUGUUUUGUUUUUUUCCCCCACAUAGGGCACUAUGUGAUGAAGUGCCAUUUGAGAGCCUCUUUCUUUGCCACUUCUCUGUAAAACUAUGAAUCCUUCUUUCAGUAUUUGUCCUCUUGACACUGAUCUUUUUAUGCCAAUUCUGAUGACAGUUAAUGAUCUUUGCAUCAGAUUUGUCCAACCCAUGAAUCAACACUUUUUAAUUUAUUUUUAUUUGUUUCUUUUUAAUGAAGCUCUUUUUGUAGUUAGAAAUUGAAAAAAAAAAAGUUUUGUUUUUUUUCGUUCUUUGCCCCACUAUUAUGUCAGAACUGACAAACCAGUGACCUGAUUUUCGUUCUAAAAAAUAAUGUAUUGGGACUGGCUCCCAAUAAAGACACAUUUCUAAUGUAUUCUGAGCCAUGUUGACAAAAGACACUUGAUUAGGAAGUCACUAUAGUGGGGGAACAUAUUAAAAUCUAUGGGAUUCCCCUCUGUUUUACAAAUUUUUUUUUUUAAUUAUUUCUCCAAUAGAUAUGCAUGUAGCUGGCUCAUGUUUUAGACAUUUAGGCAUUUGUGAUGAUUGUCUAUUUCUUCCUUUAUACACAUCAACCCUACUUCUAUUUUUUUAAUGUGUACAUAGCACAGGAUGAUGUUUUCUGCUGUGUAAUUUGUGUGGCUUGUCGGUAUCCAGGCAUUAGGUACAAUGGAGUGAAAGCUGCAACAUCUUAGAUUUUAACUGAUUGAAAUUUCUUAAAACCUCUUUAAUGUAGUGUUUGCUCCAAGAACUAGGAGCUGUCACCGCACAAAAGCUUGGGUUUUAUGCAAAUGAGUCUUUAUACUAUUUAGUAAUGUUGGUAAUAAGGUAUAUUUUGAAUAAGCCUUCAGUGGAAGCUGCUGAAAAAUUAUAAUUUUUUUCUUUUUUUAAAGACUGGCCCACAUGUAAAAAUUGUCUAAAUUAAUAUUGUCUAUUUGUAUACAGAUAAAUGCAAAUAUAUUGCCUUCAAAGACUGUCAUAGUCUUACUAAUAACAUUAUUAUAACAUCCCACCUAAGUUUUACUAAUGCGUUAAGCGGGCGAAUGUUGAUAUAGUCUUGAGUGGAGGCGAGUAGUUUAUCUUUUCUAACUAUGCAUCAUUUUUAACCAAGAGAUUUAGCAGUGGGUCUCACAUGAAUUUGAGUCAUUUCUAGAAGUAGAUAAUCAGGGCUUUUUAUGUUGUUUUUAGCAUAUUGCAUUUAGUAGCGUUUCUUAGUGCUUAUCAACACCUUCAUACCUUUCUAAUAGGAUGAAGUAUUUAUGUGGUCAUUUGUACAUUUUAUAGCCUAUAAAUUGGGUGUAUCCUUUGUAACACACAGUCUUUCCUAGCCAAACAAGAUUAUGAGCUUUUACAUGAUUGAUAUUAAAAAAAAAAAAAAA